AUGGACGUACAAAACGCUAUGAAGAAUCAAACCGAAGUCGCAGUGAUCCUUUCCAAACAACUCUUCUCCACCGUGGGCAAACGCUCCAACAGCGUCUUCUCACCGGCGUCAAUCAUCGCCGCGUUCACCAUGGUUGCCUCUGGUCCCGACGGUAAGGACGAAAUCCUCAAAGCGAUCCUCACCUUCCUCAGAUCUUCUUCCGCCGACGAGCUUAACGCCGUUUUCAACCUCAUCUCUUCCUUCGUCUUCGCCGACGGUAGCAGCAUCGGCGGCCCGACAAUCAAAGUAGCCAACGGCGUCUGGGUCGAACAAUCUCGUCCAAUCAAUCCUUCUAUCAAACCUCUCUUCGAGAAUUUCUUCAAAGCUGUUUUCGCUUCUGUCGAUUUCAGAUCAAAGGCUGAGGAAUUGCGUUUGGAGGUGAAUAAAUGGGCGACGUAUCACACGAAUGGUCUAAUCAAAGAUCUUCUUCCUCCUCGAUCCCUCACAAAGUAUACCAAAUUGGUUUAUGGAAACGCAUUGUACUUCAAAGGAGCUUGGGAAGAGAAAUUCGACAAGGCACUGACGAAGAAGAGAGACUUUCAUCUUUUCAACGGAGCAUCAGUCUCUGUGCCGUUCAUGAGAAACUACAAGAAACAAUACGUUGCGGCUUACGAUGGUUUCAAGGUCCUCAAGCUACCGUUUCGACAAGGCGGCGACACCAACCGCGGUUUCUCCAUGUAUUUGUAUCUCCCUGAUGAGAAAUACGGUUUGGAGAAUCUUGUGGAGAGAAUGGGAUCGGAUCAUGGAUUCUUGGAUAGUUGCAUUCCGAGUGAAAAAGUUUCUGUUGGGGAACUCAUAAUUCCCAAGUUUAAGAUCGAAUUCGGGUUUAAGGCUUCGAGGGAGUUUAAUUUGGGGUUUGAUGUAGUGGAUUUGUACCAUAAAGCUUGUGUUGAGAUCGAUGAAGAUGGUGCUGAAGCUGCUGCUGCGACUGCUGUUGUUGUUUCCUUUGGCUGUGCUUUUGUAAAGACUGUGAGCUUUGUGGCUGAUCAUCCGUUUCUGUUUUUGAUUAGAGAAGAGAGAACCGGUGCCGUUUUGUUUGUUGGUCAGAUGUGUGAUCCUUCGGUCUAG